CUUGCACGGGCGUGAGGUGUCCUUCACCAAUCCUUAACCUUGAUCUGUCUUUGUUCUAGUCAGCUGACAUACAGACACCAUGGUUGUCUUGAAAUAUUUAGUGUGUCUGUAUUUGAUGAUACAAGUCCAAGCAUUGUAUGAAGAUCAAGCGGGGAAGUUUGACUGGCACCAGCAGCUGAUGGGUCGGCCGCAGCUCGUGCUCUCCAGUGAGUCACAACCGCUGGUGGUGGCCACAGAACAGAACGUGCUGGCCGCGCUCAACCAUCAGACAGGCGCUCUGCUGUGGCGCCGCGUUCUGGAGCGGGGUGCCGCCGGCCAGCUGCGGCUGCUGCUCAACUCGGACGGCGAGGUGGUGACCUUCUCUGGACCGAACCUGGUCCGGGUCUGGAGCGCCCCAACCGGCCAGCUGGUCUCCGAGACCGCGCUCGACCUCCCUGAGACUACCGGACAAACCUUCGUGCUGUCGUCGGGCGCCCGCGAGCUGGCGGUGGUCCACCUCUCCUCGCCCCGGUCCGAGCUGCACCGAAUGUCAGUGGGCUCCGACCAGCACACCACGGAGAGCCUGGACACGCCAUGGGCCGACGGCGCCAGCUGUGUGUCCGGCCGGGAGACGCUGCUCUGCCGCCACUCCUCCCAGCUGUACGUCCUAUCGGUCGGCUCGGCUCGCUCAGAGAUCACCGCGGUACCGCUACCGCCGGCCGCCGCCGCGCCGGCCCAGCUCCGCCACCUCGGCUCUGACCUGUACUCGGCCACCGGCGCCGGUCGGCUGACGGUGCUCCGCGCCGCCGCGGGAGGCGUUACCACGGUCCGGGAGGGCGCCGGGGAUAUGGCCUGUCUGAGCGGGCCCGACGGACGACAGACGAUCUAUGUGGGAAACAACAAACAGGAUAAGGUGGUGCCGGCGGUGCAGUUCGAGUCGGUCUCCCUGUCUGGCGGACCGACGUCGGCUCCCACCGGCCGACUGCAGCUCUCCACCCGUCACGGCCCGGUGGACGCCUGUCACGUGCUGACUGCGCCCGGCUCAGCCGCGCCGCGGAUCCUGCUCGUCGGGUCGGAUGAUGCCGUCACCAUGAUCCAGCUCGGAGAUGGCGUUCUGUGGACCCGCGAGGAGUCGCUGGCCUCCAUCCUGGCCGUGGAGGUGGUGGACCUGCCCAUGUCGGCCAACCAAGUCAGCAUUGAGGAGGAGUUCGGCGACCAGGCCGCGGACCCGAUCUCUGCUCUGCUGCUCCGGAUGAGCUCCCAGUGGGGCCAGCUGGCCGCCCUGGCCGCUGGCGUGGUACGGCCCACCCGGGACCGAGCCGCCGACGUCAACCACCUCACACGGGACAGCUUCAACACGCACAAAAUGGUGGUGCUGGUCACCGCGGCGGGAAAGGUGCUGGGGGUGCACAGUGAGACGGGCUCGGUGCUUUGGGCGGUGCCGGUGGCCGGUCUCUCGCCGCCGCCCGCCGCCGACUCGGUGGUGCUCGGCUUACAGCGCGGCACGGCCCACUUCCCCCACCCGCCGGUGGCGGUGCUGCUCAGUGGCCGGCUGCUGGUCACCUUCAACCCCAUCACCGGCGGAGACCUGCAGGCGCACCAGCUGCCCUACGAGCCGACCCAGGCCAGCCUGCUGCCGCACGCCGACAACACCCAUCUCAAGCCUCUGCUGAUCCUGGACUCGGCCGGCGCCGUGCACGUGUGGCCCGAGAGCGCCGAGUCGCUGGCCAAGUCCCUCCACAGCAAACUAUUCUUCUACACCGUGGAUGUGAAGAGCAGUACCGCUCAGGGAUCCGCCGUCAACCAGGCUCUGGAGACGGUUCCCAGCUGGCGGCUGGACCUCGGCUCCCAGGGACAGACCAUCCGCCGGGUGCUGGCCAAAUCACCCCACGAGCGGGUGCAUAGCCAGGGCCGAGUGCUGGCGGACCGGAGCGUUCUCUACAAGUACAGCAACCCGAACCUGGUGCUGGUGCUCGCCGACGCUCCGGACCCCGUGCACAAACACAGCACCACUGCCUACCUGGUGGACGCCGUCACCGGUCACCUGAUCUACAGUCACGUGCAGCGCCGCGUGCGCUGUCCGUGCCACGCCGUGCACUCGGAGAACUGGCUCGUCUACUCGGUGUACAACGAGAAGGCGAGGCGCACAGAGCUUACCAGUAUAGAGCUUUUCGAGGGCAAGGUGCAGGCCAACGCGUCAGCCUUCUCGUCGCUGGAGGCGCCGCCGCAGCCGAUGGUGGAGAAACAGACGUUCAUCUUCCCCACGCAGAUCGAGGCCAUGAGGGAGACCAUCACCGAGAAGGGCAUCACCACCAAAUUCAUCAUGUUCGCGCUCACCUCGGGCAGCCUGGUGACGCUGAACCGCGCGCUGCUGGACCCGCGCCGGCCGCUGACGCCUGGUCGGGCCAGCAUGGAGGAGGGUCUGCCGCCGUACACUCCCGAGCUUCCGCUGCCCACGGUGAACGUGGUCAACUAUAACCGGACCCUGCAGCACGUCAGCGGCAUCGUCAGCUCGCCGUCGGGACUGGAGUCCACCUGUCUGGUGUUUGUGCACGGACUGGACCUGUACCACACGCGGGUGUUCCCGUCCAACAUGUUCGACCAGCUGAAGGACGACUUUGACUCCACCUUCAUCGUGCUGGUGCUGGUCGGCCUGAUAGCCGCCUCCGCCGUCACCCGGCGACUGUCGCAGCGACGGGCGCUCCAACUCGCCUGGAAGUAGUCCGGACCUUCUUUUAGCUAGUCUAGAAGUAGUCGGGCUCGCACUCUUGGCUCAAGCGGCGUUUAGGAGUGCUGUUCCAGCGACGCUUGGAAAUGGACUGGAUAUCUCUCCAGCGACAUCUGGAAGUCGUCAGUGCCGCCCUCCAAAUUUGAGGCUCCAAGUCGCCUGGAAGAAAUCUGAACUCUCCGAAGUUCUCCAGGUGCCUGAACAUUUCUGGUCCACAGGAGUACGCCGGCGCCGUGAGGCUGUUGGUCGCGGCCGGACUGUGAUACAGUCAGGACGUGUGAGCAGUGCAGUCGUAGGCCCAUAAUUGGCAUCACUGGGAGCCGAUUCCCAGUCAGCAGUAAUGAGUGUGUGUAGGAGUAUGAUUUGCACGGGGUUUGUGAUGUAAAUGUUCAAUUUGUUGUCAUUCGAGUCGGUAUUUCAAGAUAUAUCGAUAUGUGCAGCUGGUUUAUGUCUGUGUGUGUCAUCUGCUGGUUCGCUAAUUGUCACGUCAGGAUGGUUGGUCGAACCGGUCGGCGGGCUCGGCCAUCAGCGAGCCAGACUGGCAGUGACGGCGGGCGAUUCGAUCCUCCCGAACAAAUAUACCCGCCAGAUCGGUGGACACUGGACUGGCAGAGGAGCGAUUAUUGAGCCCGAACCGAGACUGAAGCGAUGGAGACGAGAGAACAGGUGGAAUGAGUCUGGCACCUCGAGUGUGAGAGGCACGUUAUGAUUAUGGCAUGAUUGUGUUUGUCAUUAUAUUAUGUGCGUAUGCUAUUGUGAUGUCCUGUCUUGGGGAUGGGUGCGGUGCAUGUGAUCCUUGUAGGUAGAAAAUUACGAUAGGAACCGUGUGUGGGCAAUUAUUCUUAUUGUUAAUUUGGCUCCCGUAUUUUGUUGAUUAUGUAUCGUGAUUUGAUUUCUGUAUGAAUACAAUUACUCAGAUUAA